AUGCCAGCGGGGUCUGACAAGAGUGGAGUCGUAUGUUUCCAGUGUCAACAGCCAGGGUAUUACAAGUCCAGUUUUCCCAUGAGAUCGUCUUCAGUUUCUUCAGCUCCAAAGGCUUGCUAUGGGUGUGGCCAACAGGGUCACUUGAUUCGAGACUGUCCUAGUCAGGGAACAGGCACUAGUAGUGGCAGAAGGAGGGAUGCUCCUACUGUGCCAGUGCAGCAGUUCGGUAUUCAGGGUAGCAGUUCUCAAGCUCAGGCACCGCAGGGACGUGUCUUUGUACUUACACCGGCUGAUACCUCUUCUGGAUCGUCAGUUCUUUGA